UUUGAUAUUACACACCCUAUUUCCGUCGUACUCGAGAGUCAGAGAAUUUGUAUCAGACUGUCUCUCUCAGACUCCGCCCAUUUUGAGCUAUUUCCGGCGAUGGAAAGCUCCGGCUCUCCGGCGCCUCGGACUCAAAAGCCACGCGAUUUCGGAAAGUCCGAGUACGGGUGCAACCAUUAUCGGAGACGGUGCAGGAUUCGAGCCCCUUGCUGCGAUCAGAUCUUCCCCUGUAGGCAUUGCCACAACGAAGCCGCCAGCUCUCUGAGCAACCCGAAGGAUCGCCAUGAAAUUGUGAGACAGGAUGUGAAGCAAGUUGUGUGCUCCAUUUGCGAUACCGAGCAAGAGGUUGCUCAGCUUUGUGCAAACUGUGGUGUUAGCAUGGGAGAGUAUUUCUGCGACAUUUGCAAGUUCUUUGAUGAUGAUACCAACAAAGGGCAAUUUCAUUGCAACGAGUGCGGAAUUUGUAGAGUUGGUGGUCGCGACAACUUCUUCCAUUGUCAGAAGUGUGGGUCUUGCUAUGGAGUGGAUCUACGCGAUAAUCACUUAUGUGUAGAAAAUUCCAUGAAGAACCACUGCCCUGUCUGUUAUGAGUAUCUCUUUGACUCGGUUAAAGGCACAUCGAUAAUGAACUGUGGGCACACAAUGCAUACGGAUUGCUUUAUUGAGAUGCACUCACAGAAUCAGUAUCGUUGCCCCCUUUGCUCCAAGACAUUGCUCAACAUGACUCGUUUCUGGAAUAUGUUGAUGAGGAGGUAUGUAAAUUUUGCUGCUUUGUCCUCUUCGAUCUUUGUAUUCUCUGUUUAGUUUUGUCUGUAUAUG